AUGGCUUCCACCGUCCCCUUCUCCCCGGCCAAGGUCCAGAUGCUCCAGGCGACCAACUGCCACGGGCACGCGCCGUUCGGCAGCUCUUUCGCCGUCCCAAGAACCGGGCCAAAGCAGCGUUCCCUGGCCGUCAGGGUCAGCAGCGAGCAGGAGGCGGCCGCCGCCGUCAGGGCGCCGUCGGGGAGGAGCAUCGAGGAGUGCGAGGCCGACGCCGUCGCCGGAAAAUUCCCCGCCCCCGCUGCGUUUGUCAGACCAAAGGCCCCAGACGGCACGCCUGAGAUCAGGCCUCUUGACAUGCCAAAGCGCCCUCGUCGCAACCGCAGGUCGCCAGCUCUUAGGGCUGCAUUCCAGGAGACAACCAUCUCGCCUGCAAAUUUGGUGCUCCCAUUGUUCAUCCACGAAGGGGAAGAGGAUGCUCCAAUUGGCGCUAUGCCCGGGUGCUUUAGGCUUGGAUGGCAACAUGGGCUUCUUGAUGAGGUGUAUAAGGCACGUGAUGUUGGUGUUAACAGCUUUGUGCUCUUUCCAAAGGUUCCAGAUGCAUUGAAGAAUGACUUAUGCUCUUUAUUCCUUCAGUCUCCGACAGGAAUUGAAGCAUACAAUGACAAUGGUUUGGUUCCACGUACAAUUCGCCUGCUCAAGGAUAAGUUCCCUGAUAUCAUUGUCUACACGGAUGUUGCUUUGGACCCUUAUUCAUCUGAUGGACAUGAUGGCAUCGUGAGGGAAGAUGGAGUAAUUUUGAACGAUGAAACUGUAUAUCAGUUGUGCAAACAGGCAGUUUCACAGGCACGUGCUGGUGCCGAUGUAGUUAGUCCUAGCGACAUGAUGGAUGGUCGUGUUGGAGCAAUCCGUUCUGCUUUGGAUGCUGAGGGCUUCAAUGAUGUCUCCAUUAUGUCCUAUACUGCAAAGUACGCCAGUUCAUUUUAUGGGCCAUUCCGAGAAGCUUUAGAUUCAAAUCCACGGUUUGGGGAUAAGAAGACCUAUCAGAUGAACCCAGCUAACUACAGGGAAGCCCUUCUAGAAACUGCAGCAGAUGAGGCAGAAGGAGCUGAUAUUCUUCUAGUGAAACCUGGAUUGCCAUACUUGGAUAUCAUCCGACUUCUCCGGGAUAACUCCGCACUGCCAAUUGCUGCAUACCAGGUGUCUGGGGAGUACUCGAUGAUCAAGGCCGGCGGGGCGCUGAACAUGAUCGACGAGGAGAAGGUGAUGAUGGAGUCGCUCAUGUGCCUGCGGCGAGCCGGCGCCGACGUCAUCCUCACCUACUUCGCCCGCCAGGCCGCCGCCGUCCUCUGCGGCAUGGGAUCCGCCGCCAAGUAG